UUCUUAGAGUUCGUUGACUGUUAGCUAUGACUUUCAAAACAAAUGGACGUGUUGUGGAUGAGCUAUUGGUCGUUCGGAAUGUUUUCUAUCAUUAAUAGCGUUUGCUCAAACGCUUUGCACUUCUAGAUACAAUCAAUGUAAACCGUAUCCAUCUCCUCAUGUAAUUGCACAAUGUCAUCUGGAAGCGGUAAGGAGGCUCCGAAAGAAGGGGACUUCAGGAUUCCUGGCCUGAGAGGAGCGAAGACCACCACGCUUUUCCGAGCUGUCAACCCAGAGCUCUUCAUUAGACCAAACAAGCCAGUGAUGGCAUUUGGACUUGUGACAAUCACCUUGUGUGUGGGGUACCUGGGCUACCUUCAUGCCACCAAAGAGAACGACCAGCAGCUGUAUGAAGUUAUUGACAGUGAAGGGGAGAAGUACAUGAGGAGGAAAACGUCUAAAUGGGACUGAUCACAUCAGAUGUGCAAUAUAUCCUGAAAAUUAUUGUGGUAAAAAUGGCUUGGCAUGAAAGCACUUGAUCUGUGUAUUAAAUGACGAUGGUUAUUAAAUAUUGUUACAAUUA